AACAUGAAACAAAACUGAUAAAAAUAAAAUUAUAAUAAUAAUAAUAAUAUAUAAUAUUUGUUUUACCGUGAGAAAAGAGAUUAGGCGUAAACUCGUUUAGAAAUUAAAACAAACCGUUGUGGGUGCAUAAUUCACUAUAAUGAUAUCAUAAUAUACUUAUCAUUGUAUCAACCAUAUCAAUACUCAGUAUAUAUGUAAUGCGUAUACAAUGGUGCAAAAUAUAUUUUUUAGUGUACAACGUUGACAAAAUCAUCUGUAUUCAUAACGUUCGGAUUAUCUGCAUCACGCGGCGUCAACAGAUAAUCCUUUGAAAAACUUUUUCGCUCAGCACAUAAUACCUAUAAUAAUUUACGCACACAGAUUUUUUUUCGGGUUAUUACGGUUUUUUUUUUUUUUGACCAGAUUCGAGUAUUUUUUUCGAGUCUAUGUUUUUUCACCCACGCCGUCUGAAGGGUGAAUAUUAACGCACGCGUUUUCGACUCUCGAAUUCGAAUAAACUAAGCGACGUAGACGAUGAUAAAUUAUAUAUUAUGUGUACCGAUAAUCUGGCUGUACAUUAUAAAGCUGCUGUACGUCGAACUUAAGCGACAGAUCGUUCGUACAAAAAAUGCGUUAAGGAGAUUAUUAUUAAUUACCGCUCCGUCUCUAAAUGUACGAAUAUAUUACAAUAUACCAUUAUUUUUACAACACCUCAUUUUUGGGUUCACCCUCUAGCUAUUACGCUCCAGAUUGUGCGCAUUUAUUUGGGAUUUGCGAAUAUUAGUUUAUUCUGAAGUUAAAGUCAGCGAUAGAGCAAACAAUUCUAAUACAUCAGGCUUAUUUAUAUUUAGUUUUUAUAUCAUGAUCUCUUUUCGUUCAACUGUUUCAAAUUGCAUGGCACUACGCUGUAUGUUUUUCGUUUUCAGAGUAGUAGUAGUAGUAACAUAGAUGAAUAUGUUUUUGGGCUAAAUACAAGAUAAAAAAUGUUUCUGACAGAUUUUUGGUGAGCUUUUCGUUGUCAUGGUCCCUUAUUGACAAAAACAUAUUUUUUGAUUCAUAGAUUUUCCUUGCAGAGGAAAAAUAUCGAGUAGCGUGCUCCAUGGUCUUAUAUGUUAUGCGGCGUACACUCAUCGCCGCAGUGAGACUCGGGCCAUCUCUGCAGUUGCUGUUGCUGUUGCUGAUUCAGAUGACAGUCCUGCCGGGUAUCGCGGACAGGCGUUACGACCACCACUUGUUGGGCUCGAGCCUGGAGUGGAACCGUCCUUACGACCCACGAGUCGUCAUCCACAGUCGGUUCCAGAUGACGCGAGACGGGCGUGUGAUAGUCGUGUCCCCACGCUUCCGGUCUGGUGUCCCGUUCACGUUGGGUUCGUUCCGAACCGCUGGGGCCUCCGAUAGGUCUGUCGUCGAACCGGAUGUGCUGCCACUGCCUUCCGCUCCCGACGCGCACCGCGCCGAAAAAUGGACACCACCGGCCUGCACCAACCCUAACGCCCCGGCUCCACUUGUUAACGUCGUCGACCUCUGCAUGGAAGACAUCAACGACGUGGUGUGGCUGUUGGACGUGGGCGUGGUGGACACGAUGACCGGCAGUCCGAGACGUCUGGCCCCGGCCAAGGUGGUCAGGCUAGAAAUCGAAGAAGAUCGGGAUCACCGAGGACCGCCAAAGUCGUCGUACAAGUCGUUCGAGAUCAAUAUAGCGACGGCUGAUACCGCGGACGGUUGCAGUGAGGCCUCGUCGUGCCUGCAGUACAUCGUGACGUACCGUUCGCGGACCGGAGAACGCAACCAUUACGCUUUCGUGUCGGACGCGGCCCGGAGCACGGUGCUGGUGAUGAACACGGACACGGGUGCCCAGUGGGCCAUGGACUUUCCGCAAAAGUCAAAGGGGCACGAAGCGGCGGAGCGGGACAUAUUGUUUAUGGUGCUGCUGAGCACGGCCAACGGCCAGACAUGGCUGUACACCACGUUCAUGUCCGGUUGCAAAGUGUUCGGCGUCGACCUCGAGUACAUCGAUCGGUGUACGUUGGACGGGGCGCAGCCGGCGGUCGUCGAGAUGGGACACAAACCGUACCGGAUCACGGUGCUCGGCACGGACACCGGCAGCCGGAUGUACUUCCGGCGGCCCACCGAGAACGAGAUAUGGUCGUGGGACGCCAACUAUGGCCCGUUUCAUCCGACAGGCUUCAAGCUGGUGUCCAAAGGCACAGACUGCCGGGCCCCGGUGCACGUGGCCCCCGGAUAUGGUGGGUUCGUUUACGUGCUCAGGAGCAACUUUGUCGACUACGUGCGCAACAGCACCGGUUCGAUGGGUGCUUACAGCCUCAUACAGCCUGUGAUCACGCUGUCCUCGUCCUGUUCAGUGUCCACGACUACCUCGUUGCAGUCCAAAGCCGACGGUUGCGCGUGCCUGCUGACUGAUUGAUAUUUUCGUCGACUCCAAUAACUAUACAAUUUUAGUUUUUAGUUUUUCUCUUUUCCGCACAGUAUUCUUUUUCUUUUCUGAUGUCCUUUACAAAUAAUAAUAUUUUGAUCGAUUUCAUCGAGUUUGCCAAUCGUCAAUACAAUCUGUCAAUAUUUUCUAACAUCUUUUGUCUAUAUAAUAUAGUAUCUAGACUAUAACUCCAAACAGAUAUCCCACAGGCAAUGUAAGAUAUCCAGGAUCAAUUACGGCUGUGGUUGGUUAUUAUUGUUAUUGAACCACGUUUUUUAAACACCGAUGUUUAAGUAAAUAAGUUAUUGCCAUUAAUAUUGUAUACAUAAUAAUAAUUAUAAAUUAAUCAUUUAUUAUUAUUUAUACCGCAUUAGUAAAUAUAGUUUCGGAAUUUCAUUAAUUCUUUUUUAGAUAACAAAUUAUUGAUCUGACCGUCAAAAAUCGUCUUAUUAGUUGUCAACCUAAUUACUAUUCAACAAUAUACUUUAUUGAAUUUAUAAUAUUUGCAUAGGUAAUACAAUAAACUGAUCUACAGGCAGUUUCAAUACAACAGGCAACUACUAAAAAUAAUAUCACCUCUAUUAUAUUGUGCUAAUAUGUAGAUUGAAGGUUCUCAAACUUUUUUUUUUAUGCUCCACUUAAGUGUAUCACAAAUUAAUCAUGUACCUAUCACUAAUGACUAAAGUCGCUUUUUAAAAUUAUUUUUUACUCGGAAUAUUAUCUCAUGUUUUGCAUACUUAUAAUAUUUAAUUGAAAUUCAAGAACUGAAAUAAGUAUGAUAAUGAAUGUUUUAAGUACACACUACACAUAUUUUAUAAAUGUAUAAGUAUUAAAUCAUUGAAGUCGUAUUUUGCUUGACAGUUCAAGUGUGGUUAGGAAAAAAAAGACAAAUACGUUAGGUAGUAUAGAUAUUAAUAAAAUUGUAUAUCAUUAUUUAAGGAAUAUAAUAAAUAAUAAUAUAUUAAAAUAGAAAAUUCUACAAUCUUUGUUUGAUUGUGGUAAUUGUCAUUGAAAACAAAAUUUUGCAUCGGACGUGGUGUAGCGGGUCAAAUUAUUGGCAAUCGCACAAUUCGGUCAUGAGCGAGUGCCCGACAUUGAAUGGUUGACCAUAAGUUUGGUACCUAUUGAGUUUGUUAGACAUUAAGAAUACACUAUAAUUAACACCUCUACUCGCAUAAUACGUAUGUAAAUAAGCGUCAAUUAAGCACUUGUGAUCGGUAAAAAAUUGUUGUUUAUAGUCACAUAAAUCAUACUAAAUCGAAUUCACUUUUUGUAUCGUUGAUGGCACUCGAUUUUCUCUCUUACGAAAAAUUAGUAGGUAUAUUAUGCGACAGGAUAUUACGCGAAACAGAAUGAAAUUUUAUUGUAGUCCAGACGAUCUGACGGAAAUGUCCCGGGAACGAUUUCUUGUGGUUUUCGCAAUUAAAAUAUAAUGGAAAAAACGUCUUAUCGAAAUGUUCUACGCUUAUUGUGGAGUAAAAGGUUUUUAAUAUCGGAAUAAUAACACGUCUCAUCCGAGACGCGUCGCACGAAAUAGGUCAACCGUUUUAAUUAUUUUUUUCCAAGAAUACCUAUGUAUACGUAUAGUGUAUAACAGUGAUAAUAUUAAUCUGUUAAAUAACUAUCCAUUCAUCAUGGAGAUUUCAUAUAUACGGAAAAUGAUCGGUUUAUAUUAUAUUAUUUGUUUUCAGAACAUUCUCUGACGUCAUUAGUCUCGGCCUAAUAUAAUAUUUUAUAUAUUUACCCUCGCUGCUACAGGCUUCUAUAUAAAACUGUAAUAGAUAUUCCGAUCGUUAAAGUACCUACCGAUUUACAUAUUUGGUAAAGGUAGGCGUACACCCGGAUUGAAAGGUGCUGAUAUCGCGUCGGGUGACUUUACAUUUGGAAGCAAUGAUAAAUCUUUGUACACGAAAAACGAUUCUGAAUGCAACUCAGCUUAUCCAAAAGUGGUUGUCACUAUAAUAACACACUUGCGGGUCAAGAUUUACUUAAACCCAUACUGGUCGCUUUGAUAUUUCGCAUGAUUUCAAAAUACAUCAUCUAUAAACAUCAACUUAUACCACUCCAAAAUAACAAUAAAAUAAAAAUAGAAAAGGCACAUAAUAUCACAUCAAAAGCACAAUAAAAGCCACACCUAUGUUGUCUUCGCUCUGAGUCUAAAUCGUCCAGGUAAGUAAAAUAAUAAAUUACUACUAAAAAAUACUGGUCUUUCAGUGAUUUUCACAACUAUAUUAUUACAUUAAUAUAUAUCAUAUGCAUAAUAUAAGCGCACCUACGUUUUGUUUCAACAAUCCUGCAAAAACGAGUUGUUUCAAUUUUUUUUGGCGUCUGUUCAAAUCAUAUAAAACCACUAACAAGCAAAACAUCAAAUUGACAUGGACGUUUAGUGGUUUAGCUUAAUUUACCUACCUAAUAUAUUUUAUAUCACUGGACCCUAUACUUUCGCUGUUGUUUCAAAAAAUUAAUAAAUAACACAAUUAAGGUACUUAAAUAAUUACAUUAUAUUCUUAA